AUGCCGCUGCUGCAGGACUUGGUCUCGGAGAACAUCAGCUGGGCUGCCGAGGAGGCCCAGGGCAACGAAUCCUCAGAGCACGCGUUUUUCUCGCUGGAUUAUCAGCAUGUUCAAGUCCCCUUUGAGAUCACACUCUGGAUCAUGCUUGCAUCCUUGGCCAAGAUAGGGUUUCAUCUAUAUAACAAGCUGCCUGCUGUCGUUCCUGAAAGCUGUUUGCUGAUAUUCGUAGGACUCAUCAUGGGGGGAAUCAUCUACGGCUUAAACGACAAGUCACCCCCUGUUAUGGACAGCGACAUCUUUUUCCUCUACCUGCUGCCACCCAUCGUCCUUGAUGCCGGGUACUUCAUGCCCAGCCGUCCCUUUUUUGAGAACAUCGGCACUAUCCUCCUCUACGCGGUUGUGGGCACGAUAUGGAACGUGUUUGGGAUCGGUUUUUCCCUCUACGGGAUCUGCCAGGUGAAAGCCUUUCGGCUGCAGGAUGUGUCGUUGCUCCACAACCUCCUGUUUGGCAGCCUGAUCGCCGCCGUGGAUCCCGUGGCGGUGUUAGCGGUCUUUGAAGAGAUACACGUCAACGAGAAGCUGCACAUUUUGGUCUUCGGCGAGUCUCUCCUGAACGACGCGGUGACGGUGGUGCUCUACAAGCUAUUUCGAUCUUUCUGUGAAAUGCCAGCCAUCAAAAGUGUGGAUGUUUUUGCAGGAGUUGGACAAUUCUUUGUGGUUGGGCUGGGAGGAGUUUUAGUAGGUCUCAUUUUUGGGAUGACCGCCGCCUUUACGACGCGAUUCACCAAGGAUAUCCGUGUCAUCGAACCGCUCUUCCUCUACAGCUACCUUUCCUACCUCACCGCCGAAAUGUUUCACCUUUCGGGGAUCGUGGCCAUCAUUGCUUGUGCCAUGGGCAUGAAACGUUACGUGGAGGCCAACAUCUCGCUGAAGUCUCACACCACAGUCAAAUACUUCAUGAAGAUGUGGAGCAGCGUUAGCGAUACCCUCAUCUUCAUCUUUCUUGGAGUUUCCACCAUUGGAGAAAAUCACGAGUGGAACUGGCCGUACAUUUGCUUCACUGUCAUUUUCUGCCUCAUUUGGAGAGCACUAGGGGUUCUUGUGCUGACUUUCUUUGUGAACAGAUUUCACGUGAACACCAUCACCAGCAAAGACCAGUUCAUUAUAGCGUACGGGGGUCUCCGAGGAGCCAUUUGUUUCUCUCUGGUUUUCUUGCUUCCCAACUUCCACAGAAAGAAGCUCUUCAUUGCAGCAACGACUGUUGUCAUCCUCUUCACUGUGUUUGUGCAGGGAAUGACCAUCCGUCCUCUCGUUGACUUGUUGGCUGUCAAGAGGAAAAGAGAGAGUGCUCCUACAGUGGGAGAGCAGAUCCAUAUUCGGUUCUUGGAUCAUUUGCUGGCUGGCAUUGAAGAUAUAUCUGGACACUGGGGACAGUAUUACUGGAAAGACAAAUUAGAGUAUUUCAACAGCAAAUACCUGCAGAAGAUCCUACUUCGAGAACACGACCAGCCAAAAUCAAGUAUCGUGCUUCUCUACGAGAAGCUGGAGCGGAAGCACGCCAUCGAGCUGGCAGAAGCGGGGCAGCUGGGUCAUGCCCAGUCUCACCCGUCCUUGACUGUCACAGCGGACAAAAAACUGGAGGAUACUCUGAAUCUGAAUGUCCUGGAAAAUAUACAGGAAAUAUUGGCAAGGAACCUGUACCAAAUAAGGAGAACGGUAUAA